AUGGCACCAAACGACAACUGGCUCAACCGUCAAGUCCAGGGCGCCGUUGCCGGCGCCGGCGGCUUUGUGGGCGGCAUCAUCAAUAGCGUGGGCAACGGCGUCUCCGGCGUGGGUCGAGGCAUUGGCAACGGUAUUUCGAAUACGACUCGCGGCUGGGGUGACGGCGUGCGCGGCUACGGAAACGGCGUCAAGGACGCCACGCGAGCCUCUGGUCGUCGCGCUCCCACUGCCGCCAACCCCCUGGGCCUUCCUGGGGGCUCCACGCAGAGCGCCGCCAUGCUGAAGUCGAAGGCUCAGGGCAUCACCAGCAGCGCUCGCACAGGCACCGCAAGCAACCCUCUCGGUCUGAAAUAA